GCAAGCUAACAUGCUCGGCGUCUAGUAAAGCUAGCUGGUUAGCCAUAGUCUUUCUUGUGAUUGUUCUCGAGUAUUCAUCUGAUUUUGCCGGUGAUACAACAGACUACACAGAAAAAUAAGAAUGAAUUAUUCGGAUUACGACUCGGAUGGUUAUUCCUCAAAUGAGGAUGAAGACUAUGUCCCCUCUGAUGAUAAUCUGAGCGAGGAUGACAUGAAUGAAUGUGUGAAGGAGGACGCACUGGAAGGGGAGGAUCCCAACGAGCAGCAGUCAGGACAUGUGAAGAAGAAAAAGAAGAAAACUAAAGCAGACAUUCCCAUGAGAAAAAGGAAAAAAGGAUGCCUCAAACUGGCAGAAGAUGGUGAGGGAGGUUCAUCAGGCCAGCAGAAAGAGGAAGAUGAGCCAAAAGAAGAUGAUUUUGUAACCAACUCUACAGGGGACAAUGACGUUAAGCAGAAGAAGAAAGCAGAUGAUCUUUGGGCUAGUUUUUUGAGUGAUGUCGGCCCUCGACCCAAAGCAUCAGCUCCGAGUGCAGACACUCAGCAGUCCACAUCUACAGCUGGCCCAGAUAAACCCAGUAAACCCUCUACAGCGUCUCAGCAGCAGGAGGACAAACCUAAAGAAUCCUCCAAAAUCACAAUUACCAAGGUGUUUGAUUUUGCAGGAGAAGAAGUCCGGGUCACCAAAGAGGUGGACGCAGACUCCCGGGAGGCCAAGAGUUUUCUGAAGGACGAAGAGAAGUCAGUGUCGUCUGAGCCACAGCAGUCCGAAGCGCUCUCCUCUAGAUCCAGUGUGAAGAGGCCAGCAGGCAUGGGGAGCAUCCUGAAUCGCAUCGGGAGCAAAAAGCAGAAGAUGAGCACUUUGGAGAAGUCUAAGAUGGACUGGGAUGCCUUUAAAUCAGAGGAGGGCAUCGCAGACGAGCUGGCAAUCCAUAAUCGAGGCAAAGAAGGGUACGUGGAGCGGAAGAACUUCUUAGAGAGAGUGGACUUGCGGCAGUUUGAGCUGGAGAAGAGCGUCCGUCUGAACAACAUGAAACGGUGACAAGAGGAAAGAGCACAUUCACUGAUCACAACACAGACUGUCCCAUAUUCACAUUCGCCCUGCACACACUGUCGGUUUUUCAACAUUUUUCAGAUCCCUGGCCUGUGACAGUCCUCCAAAAACAGGUCUGCCUUCACAAUCAAAUGCUCACCAUCUUUUUCUUCUACAAUUCCUUUGUCCGAUAUUGCAUGUCGUCUUCAACAUGAAAGUGAAACUGCUCAAGAUGUUAGUCUUCCUCAGAAACCCCAUUUUACAAUCCGCUGAAGUACGUCAGACACACCUAACAUUCAAUGAGAGUGACAUUAAUGGGGAAGAAAACCUCAUUAAGAUCCUCAGAUAAGGGUUUUCAGCUUAAACUGAAUUAUUCGGCAUAAUUCAUAUCUUUGUUCUGACGGUUAGGCUUUUUCGUAAUAUUAACGACCAUCCUAUUCAGGAAAAUUGUUCUUUUAUUUGAUGGUUAAAUGGAAGGGCACAUUUGUCUUUUGUUUUUUCCCCCAUGUAUACUUACUGUUGUCUUGAAUUUAUUUUGCUAAGAGUGCUUGUAUGGGAAUUACCCUGCCGUCGUUUUAAUAGUGUUUCACUGUUUGACAGGAAUAAAUCAUGUCAGUUGGUUUGGACACUUUCUUUUUAAAUGAA